GGGAAAACUCUCUUUCAUGAAUGUUCAGUUUAAACCUGUAUUUGAUUUGCGUGUUCGUCAAUGUACCCCGGUAUACCCCGUAUUCAUUUUCAACUUCCGCUUUCUUCCAGAGUAAGAAAGCAAGUGUGUAAACACGUUUCGUGUCGUUUGGACUUAAAGAAUGCGUUACGUGGCCGCUUACUUGCUUGCCACCAUUGGCGGCAAAGAAUCACCAAAUUCUGCAGAUAUCGAGAAGAUUCUUAGUUCUGUUGGCAUUGAAGCAGAUGGAGAGAAAUUGAAAAAAGUCAUCGGUGAACUGAAUGGAAAGAACAUUGAAGAACUAAUUGCUGCUGGUCGUGAUAAACUGGCAACUGUGCCUGCAGGGGGAGGUGCUGCAGCUCCCGCUGCUGGAGGUGGGGCUGCUGCUCCUGCUGCAGCAGUUACUGCGGCUCCUGAAAAGGAGGAGAAGAAAGCUGAAAAGAAGGAAGAAUCCGAAUCUGAAGAUGAUGACAUGGGCUUUGGUCUCUUCGAUUAAAGUACAGCAUAUUUUUAUUUUUGACUGCAGUGUUUCAUCAUGAGAAGACUGUCUGUGAAUUGUAUAUGAGCUGUUCAUAAUGAAAUCACAAUGUAACAUUACCAAUAAAUAAUAAGUUUUGAUCUGUGA